AUGAGCGCCAAUGUCUGCUCUCCCGCCACACUGCGGGCUCCUACAGAGUCACCUUUGAGGCCAAGUCUUGUUGAGCUCCACGGUAAACACGCCAUCCUGCGAGACGACUUUGACUCCAACCUGUCUCACGCACAGCUGGACCCCAGUAUUUGGUCCGAGUGUGCCAACUGUGACGUGGGCGAGCAGUGCGGUGCGCUGAUGCAUGGCCGAGCCGUGACUUUCUGCGAGCCCUUUGGAGAGCGAGAGCUGUCCACAGUGCCUCUGAACACAAGCACAGCGUCGGUCCUGCAGUUUGCUCUUGGUUCAGGCUCUUGUCGGUUUAGUUAUUCAGACCCAAGCAUCACUGUGUCAUACAGCUUAAGCGUCAUUGGAAACAGCAGCGACAAUGAGUGGAUCACCAUGGAGACGAUCAGAGCUCCAACCAACAGCAGCACUGUGGUCCACCUCCUCCCCCUGCCCCCACAGUCCCGGGCCGAUGGUGUGCGCCUCCGCUGGUCCCAGGAUGCUCCGGAGGGUCCUGAAGGUUAUGAGUCGUGUUGGGGCCUGGACAAUGUGCUGCUGGUUAAUUCUGCCCACAAAACUCCACUAAUGGAAGAUAACCUGGACCCCCCCGACACGGCCAACUGGCUCUUCUUUCCCGGAUCUACUAUCAAGCAUGCAUGCCAGUCAGAGGGCAAUGCUCUGUACUUCCAUGGGGCUGAAGGAGUGGGCCACAGCUUUGCCACCACCAGAGACAUCGACUUGCACCGAGAGGAGGGGAGAAGUUAUUGGGAAGAAGAUUUUGAAACUCCACCAUCAAAUUGGGACAUUGAUGGAGCAGUUUAUGGAACGGCGUGUGGAGAGAUUGAAUCAGGAUUGGCUUUAGUGUUUGAGUUAGAGGGACGCCGGAGAGUUUGCACCCCCUACAUAGACACUACAACUUAUGGAAACCUACGCUUCCACUUUACCAUGGGUGGAGGGGAUUGCCAUCCAGGACAGUCCCACGAACAUGAUGUCAUCUUGUUUGGACGAUCUGAAGGCAGACGUGAACGAGUGAUUCUUGACACUCUUCCAUACUCCUCAUACAGGACUCCUGCUGUAGUUUCAGUGGGCCUGCCGACAGAGCUGCAGACACCUGUUACUCAGUUCUGCUUGGAGCAGCGCUCACAUGGGGGGGCCAAGCGCCAUGUUUGGGCUGUGGACUUCAUGCAGCUGCUGCCUGUGCUGCCUGGCACACAUACACACGUCACUCAGUUCUCCAUCAACCUGGGCUGUGGCUCUAUGCAGCCGGCCAACAGUGUCUCACUGGAGUUUUCCACUAACCAGGGCCGCUCCUGGUCCCUUCUCCACACAGAGUGUCUUCCAGAGGUGUGUGCUGGACCACACCUCCCACACAGCACCAUCUACUCCUCUGACAACUACAGCGGUUGGACCAGAAUAUCUAUCCCUUUGCCCAACGCUGCCCUCACAGAGACCACACGGUUCCGCUGGAAGCAGUCGGGUACUGGAACAGGCAACAUGUGGGCCGUAGACAACGUGUAUAUUGGACCAGCCUGUCUCCGUUUCUGCUCUGGACGAGGACAUUGUUCCCGCACAGGCUGCAAGUGUGACCCAGGCUUCAGUGGCCCAGCCUGUGAGUUGGCCUCCCAGACCUUCCCUGCGUUUUUGUCAGAAGGUUUCUCCAGCCCUCGGCUCUCGUCGUACCAUAGCUUCUCCUCACUGCGGGGAGCCGAGGUCAGCUUUGGAUGUGGGGUCCUGGCCAGCGGCAAAGCUCUUGUAUUCAACCGGGACAGCAGAAGGCACUUAAUCACCGCACCACUAGACAGCUCCCAAGCAAGAUACCUUCAGUUUACUCUCCGCCUGGGCAGUCGUAGCACCCUGAGCUCCUGUCCUGCUCCAGACCAGCCCGGAGAGGGGGUCCUCCUGCAUUACUCAUCAGACAACGGCAUCACGUGGACUCUAUUGCAGCAUUAUGCAUACCAAGGUUAUCACGAGCCGAGGAUUGUGUCUGUGGAGCUGCCUCCUGGAGCUCGUAAAUUCGGGGUGCAGUUUCGCUGGUGGCAGCCGUAUCACUCAGGCCGUGGUCAUGAUGUGUGGGCAGUGGAUGAGAUCAGCAUGACCUCUGUGCUCUUCAACACCAUCAGUCUGGACUUCAGCAACGUCCUGGACGUGACUCAAAGCCUCGGCUUUUACCUGGGACACGUGCAGCCGUACUGCCAGCACGACUGGACUCUCAGUUUCUCCGGUGAGCCCAGUCCGGGUUCAAGUAUCCGCUAUGUGGAGACUCAGUCCAUGCAGGUGGGGGCCUCCUACAGCCUGCAGUUCUCCCUGGUGAUGGGCUGCGGACAGGAGCCCUCACCGCACAUUGACACACAAGUUCGACUGGAGUUUUCCACCAACCACGGACUCACCUGGCAUUUAGUCAAAGAGGCUUGUUUACCAGGAAUGCCCAGCUGCUCUGAGUUCACAGCUCCCAGCGUUUACCACCCCUCGGAGUUUAAGGACUGGAGACGCAUCACUCUGUCCCUGCCUCAGAAAACAUGGUCGAGUGCCACUCGGUUCCGUUGGAUCCAAAACUACUAUGGAGAACAGGACGAGUGGGCCCUGGAUGACAUUUACAUCGGUCAGCAAUGUCCAAAUAUGUGCCAUGGACAUGGGUGGUGUGACCACGGACAUUGCAGAUGUGACGAUGGUUUUUCUGGGUCAGACUGUCAGCCCUCAUCACCUUUGUCUUCAAGUGUUCUGUCCGACUUUGAGUCCCAGGAUGCACUGCUGGCCAUGUGGCAGGAGGUGAUCGGUGGAGAGAUCGUCACACCAGAUAUGGGCUGUGGUGUCGUCUCAUCAGGCUCAUCCUUGUAUUUCAGCAAGGCAGGUCUGAGGCAGUUGGUGAGCUGGGACCUGGACACAGAGUGGGCAGAGUUUGUCCAGUUUUACUUGAGGGUGGGAGGAGACUGGGCCGAGUGCAACCAGGCAGACAGCAGAGAGGAGGGGGUGCUCUUGCAGUACAGCAAUGACGGAGGCAUCACCUGGGGCCUGAUCGCAGAGAUGUACUUCACGGACUUCACCAAACCACGUUUUGUCCACUAUGAGCUUCCAUUGGCCUCCAAAACUCCUUCUACUCGCUUCCGUUGGUGGCAGCCUCUUCAUUCUGGCGAUGGCUACGAUCAGUGGGCUAUUGAUGAUGUUAUUAUCUUGUCUGAGAGGGAGAAGCACAUCAUACCGAUUGCUAACCCAACUCUACCACAGAACUUUUAUGAAAAACCAGCCUUUGAUUAUCCGCUGAAUCAGAUGAGUGUGUGGCUAAUGCUCGGUAAUGAGGGCAUGGAGAAGGAGAGCAACAACAGCUUUUGUGCCCCGACUCCCUCAGCGAUGGUGUUCGGACGCUCAGAUGGAGACCGAGUCGCUGUCACUAGAGAUCUCGCCCUGCGGCCUGGUUACACACUGCAGUUUAAGCUCAACAUCGGCUGCGAGGCUGAGUUCAGUGCCUCGGCCCCAGUGUUGCUGCAGUUCUCCCAUGACGCUGGUCGGACGUGGGCCUUGGUGAGGGAGGGCUGUUACCCCGGGUCUCCAGGAGUGGGGGUCUGUGAAGGCAGCGGUCGGGAACUCCGAGAACCUUCUAUAUACAACACCGGAGACUACGAACAAUGGACCAGGGUCACUGUGGUCAUCCCGCGCCAUGUGGCUGCCAGUAAAACCAGGUUCCGUUGGUUCCAGGAGAGCAGCUUGCACCGAGAUGCCCCUCCUUUUGCAUUAGAUGGAGUCUACAUCUCUGAGCCGUGUCCGAAUCACUGCGGAGGACACGGAGAGUGCAUUUCCGGAGUCUGCUUCUGUGACAUGGGAUACACAGUGGAGCAGGACAGCUGUGUACCUUCUGCAGCCAGUCCCACUGAGCUGACCGAGGGCUUCGAGGGAAAGUUGAGUCCACUUUGGCAAAACAUAAUUGGGGGUCAGGUGGGAGGAGGCUGUGGGAUCAUUGGAGAGGGCAAAGCUCUUUAUUUCAACAGCCCUGGGAGAAGAGAGGCCCGCACUGUUCCCUUGGAUACCAGCAACACAAGACUUGUUCAGUUUUACAUCCGUAUUGGAAGCAAAAGUUUGGGACCGACUUGCACCAGACCCCGGACCAGGAAUGAAGGUGUUCUUGUCCAGUUCUCCACCAACAAUGGCGUCCAGUGGCAGUUUCUGAGGGAACUGGACUUCAGCUCAUUCCUGGAGCCUCAAGUUGUAACCAUCGAGUUACCAUCUGCAGCCAAAGCACCAUAUACUGUGUUUCGAUGGUGGCAGCCUCAACAAGGAAAGCACUCUGCUCAAUGGGCUCUGGAUGAUAUACUGAUUGGGAUGAAUGACACGUCCAGAACCGGUUUCCAGGAUAAAUUUGAUGGCACCAGCCCUCUGAGGCACAACUGGUACCGUGUCCAGGGUGGAGAGGUGACCGUGGACUGCUUAUCGUUGGACACAGUGCUAACCUUCAACUCUGAGGCUAUUGACAAGAAGCCCAGGUAUGCAGAGACGUGGGACUUUGAGGUGUCUGGCUCCUCCUUCCUGCAGUUUGAGCUCAGCAUGGGCUGCAGUAAAUCCACGUCCUUCUCUCAUGGGGUCCGUCUGGAGUUCUCCACAGACUGUGGUCGUCAUUGGACCCUCCUCACUCCGGAGUGUGUGCCCCCCGCCAUCGGCUGUGCGGCGUACACCCAGAGCUCUGUAUACACAUCCACACAGCACAAGCACUGGAGGAGGAUCACUGUUUACCUGCCAAGUGCCGCCAAUUCCCCCAGAACCCGGUUCCGCUGGAUUCAGACUCACUUCACCCCUGGAGCAGAAGGCUGGGCACUGGACAAUGUUCUGCUGGCUCCUGGAUGCCCCUGGAUGUGCUCUGGGCAUGGUCUGUGUGACAAUGGUCAUUGCAUAUGUGAUAAGGGUUAUGGAGGGGCGCACUGCGUACCCCUGACUCCACUGCCUUCUGUCUUGAGAGAGGAUUUCAAUGAAAACCUGCAACAGGAGACCUGGCCUGAGGUGUACGGAGCAGAGAGGGGGACACUCAGUGGGGAGCCUCUCAAAUCUGGAACGGCACUAAUAUUCAAAGGAGACGGCCUCCGAAUGAUUGUGUCAAGGGAUUUAGACUGCACAAAUACUCUCUACAUUCAGUUCUCCUUCAAAUUCAUCACCAAAGGUGUCCCUGAGCGCUCCCACUCAGUUCUGCUGCAAUACUCGGUGAACGGAGGGAUAAGUUGGUUACUGUUGGAUGAGUUCUACUUCCCGGCUUCCACAGACACUUUGUUCCUCCACCUGCCGCUGCCAGCCAGUGCGCAAACCAACGCAACUCGAUUUAGACUCUGGCAACCCUACAACGGUGGUAAAAAAGAAGAAGUAUGGGUGAUCGACAACCUGAUUAUUGAUGGCGGUUCUGUCCACAACUCCCCUGUGGUCAUAGACAGCUUUAAGGAGGACGCAGAUGAGUCCAACUGGCUCUUCUAUCCUGGGGGGAACACUGGCCUUUACUGCCCCUAUCAGAAAUCUGGACUAGAGGAGGAUGAGUCAGCCAUGGUGUUUGUCUCCAGUGAACUUGGAGAACACUCAAUUACCACUCGGGACAUUGACGUAAAUGAGAACACUAUCAUUCAGUUUGAGAUUAACGUGGGCUGCACAGCUGAGAGCUCCUCAGCCCACCCGGUGCGCCUUGAAUUUUCACGAGAUUUUGGAGCCACUUGGCACCUUCUGUUGCCUCUGUGUGCUGGUGGGCCACAGCCAUCCUCACUGUGCUCAACUGAGCUGCACCCUGCAAGUAUAUAUUUCCCUGGAACGACUCAGGGCUGGAGGCGAGAAGUCAUUCAUUUUGGCAAGCUGCGUCUUUGUGGGUCGGUGAGGUUCCGCUGGUAUCAGGGUUUCUUCUCCUCUGGUUCUACGCCUCCCACUUGGGCAAUUGACAAUGUGUACAUUGGACCACAAUGCCAGGACAUGUGCAAUGGACAUGGAGCUUGUGUCGCUGGAAGUCACUGCCUGUGUGACGCGGGGUACUCAGGACAAGACUGCUCUGUCCCAGAAACCCCCAACGCAGACUUCCUCAAGGAGGACUUUGAAGGAGGAAACAAGGAUGCAGAGCAUUUUACAAUGUUGAGUGGAGGAAAACCAUCACGAAAAUGUGGCAUCAUGUCCAGUGGAAAUCACCUGUUCUUUAGUGAGGAUGGUCUGCGCAUGCUGGUCACAAAGGAUUUAGAUUUGUCCAAUGCUCGUUUUGUGCAGUUUUUCCUUCGUCUUGGAUGUGGAAAAGCAGCUCCAGAUCCUCGCUCUCAGCCAGUGUUACUGCAGUUCUCUGUGGACGGAGGCCUGACAUGGGGCCUGCUACAGGAGUUUCUGUUCAGUAACAGCAGUAACCAGGCCCGACUUGUGGCCAUGGAGAUUCCUCUACGUGCACGAACAUCUUCUACUCGCCUGCGCUGGUGGCAGCCCUCUGAGAAUGGGCACUUUUACAGCCCAUGGGUCAUUGACCAGGUGGUAGUUGGAGGAAGCGCAAGUGGCUGGGGACCACUGGAGGAUGACUUCUCCUCGAUUGAUGGUCGCUCAUGGCUGCUCCAUCCAGGAGGAACCCGGAUGCCUGUGUGCGGCUCUGAAGGGCCUGCGUUUGCCUUCAUUGAGAAAUCCAGCACUCGCUAUGCCGUGACCACAGACAUCAGUCUGGGCCAAGAUGCCUUCAUCCAAUUUGACUUCUCUGCCUCCUGCUCUGUCACCUCUUCUUGCUACUCUGUAGAAUUGGAGUUCUCCCUUGAUCUGGGUCUGACCUGGCACUCGCUGGUUAGAGACUGUUUGCCCACAAGUCCAGACUGCUCCUCGUUCACUUUGCAGCGCCUGCUCAUUUCAGACACAUACAACAAAUGGGGCCGUGUGACUAUGCCUAUCCCCUCUUAUGCAAGAUCUCCAGCCACCAGGUUUAGGUGGUUCCAACAGGCUCCCUUUGAUAAGCAGCAGACAUGGGCCCUGGAUAACCUGUACAUCGGGGAUAGCUGUCCUGACAUGUGUUCUGGGCAUGGACGCUGUCAACAAAGCUCCUGUGUAUGUGAUUCAGAGUGGGGGGGAGAGUACUGUGACGAGCCCCUGGUGGCCCUGCCCUCUCAGCUGAAGGACAGCUUCAGUCGGGCCCCGUCUCUAAGUCACUGGCAUCUGGUGACUGGAGGGAAACUCAGUACAGUGUGCGGUGCUGUGGCCUCAGGAUCUGCUUUGCACUUUAGUGGGAGCUGCACUCGUCAGCUGGUCACUGUGGACUUGAACUUGACAAAUGCCGAGUUUAUUCAGUUUUACUUCAUGUACGGCUGCAUGAUCCCACCCAGCAACCGCAACCAGGGCGUGCUCCUGGAGUACAGCAUGAAUGCAGGAAUCAACUGGCAUCUGUUGACAGAAAUAUUUUAUGACCUCUACACCAAACCAGGAUUUGUGAAUGUUCUGCUGCCCCCUGCUGCCCGUCAGGAGGGAGUGCGGGUCCGCUGGUGGCAGCCUCAGCACGAUGGCAUGGACCACAGUGACUGGGCCUUAGACAAUGUCCUAAUCGCAGGAUCGGACACCCGAGCCCAGAUCUCAGACACAUUCGGAGGAGCGGGCCUUCCCAACCACGAGAGGACUCCAGCUGACGGGGCCUCGGAAAGAGACACUCAGCCUGGAGAAGAAGAAGAAGAAAGUCAAAUAGUGAGCGACCACUGGUUGUUUUCUGAGGACUGUGCUGUCCAGCGGUUCUGCAGCUCUCCUGAUGGAGUCAUGGUCUGUGGCAACGAUGACGGGCGAGAGGUCUACGCUGUGACACAUGACAUCAUACCAGAGAAGGGCUGGGUCAUGCAGUUCAAGAUGGCAGUUGGGUGCAGUGUCCCGGAGCGCCCGGCAGACAGACAGGUGCAUGUGCAGUACUCGGCUGACUUCGGAGUGACGUGGAAGUACAUAGUGCCGCAGUGCCUCCCUGCAGAUCCUCGCUGUGGAGGCCAGGUGUCACAGCCAUCAGUGUUCUUCCCUGCAGAGGGCUGGAAGAGAGUGGUCUACCCCCUUCCCGAUAGUUUAGCUAACACAGCGGUUCGGUUUCGGUUUUACCAGCAGCACUCGGACAUGCAGUGGGGGGUGGAGAACUUCUACAUCGGACCUGCGUGUGAGAGUCACUGUGGAGGACAUGGAGACUGUCUGGACAAACGCUGCCUUUGUGACCCUGGCUUCACUGGGCCAAACUGCUAUGCUAGCACGGCCCUCAAGGCUUCACUAAAGGAGAGAUUUGAUUGGGAAGGGACGUCCAGCCCCCAGUGGCAGGUGCUGGAGGGAGGUCGCCCCUGCACAGACUGCGGAGUGUUGGUGGAGGGAACGGCGUUAUAUUUUGGUGGAGCUGAUGCAAGACAAGCUGUCACGGCAGAUCUGGACCUUCGUGGGGCAAAAUUUGUGGAGUAUUGGGCCAGGAUUGGGAGCGAGGAUAAUUUGACCAUGUGCCACCGCCCGACAUGUCGGAAAGAGGGCGUGCUGUUGGACUACUCUACAGAUGGAGGCGUGUCCUGGACUCUUCUACACGAGAUGGAUUACCUCAAGUAUGUGUCGGUGCGCAGAGAUUACAUUGUGCUGCCCGAGGGAGCCCUGACAAAUGCCACCCGCCUUCGCUGGUGGCAGCCAUUUACCAUCUCCUCUGGACUGGUCUCCCCGAGUCUGGAGCGAGCACAGUGGGCCAUCGAUAACAUCUUAGUGGGUGGAUCCGACAUCAAUCCAUCCAUGCUGCUUGACACUUUUGACGAUGAAGGUGUUUCUCAUGAGGAGAGCUGGAGUUUCUAUCCUAAUGCGGUGCGAACAGCUGGCUUCUGUGGAAACCCGUCUUUCCAUCUCUACUGGCCCAACAAGAACCAGGACAGAACACACAACAUUCUUGCCACACGAGAGCUCAUUGUGCAGCCCGGCUAUAUUUUACAAUUCAAGAUUGUCGUUGGUUGCGAAGCGGACAUAUGCGAGGAUCAUCAUUCUGUCUUGCUGCAGUAUAGGAAAGAUGCAAGGUCUGACUCGUGGCAGCUGGUGCAGUCUGAAUGCUUACCCUCUUCGGUAAACAACGUGGGCUGCUCUCCUUUCCAGUUUCAUGAGUCCACAAUCUACAGCCCGGUCAACAGCUCAACAUGGACAAGAGUCACCGUCCCAUUACCGGACCAUGUCUCGUCUGGGGCCACACAGUUCCGCUGGAUUCAGAAAGAGGGUGUUGGGGAGAGACAGAGCUGGGGAGUGGACCAUGUUUACAUCGGAGAGGCGUGUCCAGGGCUCUGCAGUGGCCAUGGGUACUGCACCAACGGGAUGGUCUGCAUCUGUGACGAGGGCUAUCAUGGUGACGAUUGCUCCUUGACCAGCACAGACCUCCCCAGCUCUAUAAAGGACAACUUUGAGUCAGGAAGUGUGUCUCCGCAGAGCUGGCAGCUGAUUCAGGGGGGCGGAGUGGGCAACGGCUGUGGGCAGCUCUCGCCACACGCCCAUGGGGACUCUCUCUACUUUAAUGGCUGUAAGAUGAGGCAGGCAGUUACUAAACCGCUAGACCUCACUAGGGCCAGUAAAAUCAUGUUUGUGCUGCAGAUUGGCAGUGUAGCACAGACAGACAGUUGUAACAUAGCACUAGACCAAGCAGACACAGUGGACCGGGCAGUGCUAUUACAGUACAGUGUCAAUAAUGGGGUUAGCUGGCACGUCAUAGCCCAGCACCAGCCCAAAGACUUCAUAAAGGCCCAACGAGUCUCCUACAACAUUCCAUUAGAAGCCCGGGUCAAAGGUGUGAUGCUGCGAUGGUGGCAGCCGCGGCAUGAUGGUGCAGGACAUGACCAGUGGGCAUUGGACCAUGUGGAAGUUGUUCUCCCCCAAAGGCCUGGACUCUCUCCCUCUCAGACCUUUCUACGGGACAGCAGUCCUCUUCUGACUCCCCCCUCUCGCGCUCUAACCUCUGCUCUCUUCUGUAUUCUGCUCCCUCUGGCAUGGCUGUAG